AUUCAUUUCAUUCAUUUCCCACAAACAUACACAUUCAAAAAUCUUUUCAACUACUCACACUGAAAGAGAAGGGACAAGUAAUAGUUACUUCAAGCAAACUAAUUUUCAGUUGGAGUAAAGGCAGCUGUAAAGAGAAGCUGAUCAUGGAUGAGGCAGAUCUGGGAUUCGAUUUGAGCUUGAAGAAGAAGAAAAAGAAGAAGAAGACACCUGUCGACUUUGAUGCAGACGCCGGCGCAAGUGCACCAACAGACGCCACUGCGGACGAAUCUGCUGAAAUCCCCCAGUCGGAAGAAGUAGCUCCGGCUGCAACAGAGGAUGUUGCAGAUGACUUGGGUGCAUUCAAUCCCAACAUGAAGAAGAAGAAAAAGAAGAAGAAGGCAGCAGACUUUGAUGCUCUAGUUACCACCGACAGUACUGAGAAUACGGCUGAAGACACUACAAGUGCUGCAGCCAGUACCACAUCUGCGCUUCCUGAGGUUGACUACACAUAUGAGAAUCUUCUCCAUCGGGUGUUUGACAUCAUGAGACUGAAGGACCCUGAGAACAAGCUCGGAGAAAGACCCAAGUUUGUGCUGAAGCCACCUCAAGUGACACGUAUUGGAACAAGAAAAACAUCAUUCGUCAACUUCACAGAGAUCUGCAAGCUACUGCAUCGACAGCCAAAGCACUUGCUUGCAUUUAUCUGCGCUGAAUUGGGUACCAGUGGCUCCGUCGAUGCCAACAACCAGCUGAUCAUCCGUGGUCGCUAUCAACAGAAGCAGAUAGAGAGUGUACUCAGACGUUACAUCAAGGAGUACGUCACUUGCCACACAUGCAGAUCUCCAGAGACCAUCUUGCAGAAGGAGACGCGCCUGUUCUUCUUGCAGUGCGAACGCUGCAAUUCGCGCUGCUCCGUGGCUACCAUCAAGUCUGGUUUCCAGGCCGUCACACAGAAGCGUGCAGCACAGAGAGCAAAACAGGGUUAACCUUAGGUAUUUUCAUUCUAUUCAUGUAACACUCAUGUACAUUUUUAAAAGUUCUAUU